AUGUGCCAAGAACUUAAUUGGGACUUUAAAUACGGCGAACUCGCCAAAGACAAAGAUUUCGUGAACAAUGUUGAAAAUUUGAAAGAGAAUUUAAUAGAAGUACAACAAGUACUCGAUAAACUCCUUCCGUUGAAGAAAAAUUACGACAAAAUGUCACUACCAGCUCAGAUUGAACUAGAUUUGUUUUUUGUAUACACUUUAAAUUCACUACAUUGGAUACAUUUACGAACAAAAGGCAUCGAUCCCACAAAACAUCCCAUCAAAGAUGAACUGCUCAGAAUAAAAGCUACAAUGUUAAAGUGGCAGGAAGUGAAGGAUCGCCAGAAAAGACCCACCGUUAACGUUGAAGUGGCGAAACGUUUAGUACGGAAUGGUCUAUACGACCAUCAGAGGGCUCCCGUGAAACAACUAAACAAACGAAUAAAAUUUUCAGAUAACGAAGAGUAA